AGAGAAAACAUUUUGGAGCAGGUGCUCAAAACAGUUCUAAUGAAACAUGUUUGAAGCCAUCUGUUAAAAAAACAAAACAAACCCAACAUAUCAGUCUAUUGAGAGUUUUGACAGCUCCGAAAUCCCUAAAAUAAGACUGAGGGUUUUUUGAUGCUGGCAAUAUUUUAGUUAAAACGUGAUUAAAGCAACAAAGCGUGUUUGACAGCAGGUGCAGAUGAAAGGAUUUUUUUCUCUGCCAAGGGCGCAUUUUAUGUCAAUAUUCUACUUUAUAUUUGAAGUAUUUGGACUCAUUUCGGUGCGUUUUGGCCUGUUGGGAUUCGUCUCUGUUAUUCAUUUAUUGACAUUGAUCCCUUAAGAGGUUUGAUUCGCUGCAGCAUAUAUAUAUAGUCUUCUGCAUACGUAGGCCAUUUUCGUUUUAGCACAUAGGCCUAUGUGUAUUGAUAACUUUUUGCACAUAAAGAAAUAUCCUCUUUUGGAUCUCAUUUGAUCCGAAAACACGCGUUCUAUAACAAAACAAACCGGCAGGCUUUUCCCCCUUAACUUCUCAUUUUCAUUAUAGAGGUUGUAAAUCUACAGCACUUUGCGCUCAGGUUGUUGAUCUGUGCUGCUGUUUUAAAACUUUACCUCUCCCUCCUCCUCUGACCAAAACACGGUGCUGCGUGCACCGGUUGGUUACGCGGUGGAUAUGGGGAGCCGCGCUCCGAUUGGUCGCCUGUCCCUCAUUGUCAUGCUGUCAAUCCACAUCACAUGGUCCGGCCACUAGGCCUAUUAACACAUGAGCUUGGCGAACAACUUUGCAGACUUCUGUUUGAGAGCCGUGCGGGACGCAGCAGCUUUGAGCGGAGAGAAACCAGAAGCACCUGCAGACACACUUGCCUCUUUGGACACAACUUUUUUCCAUCGUCUUAUGUGACUGGUCAGUACUUCUACCUCUUUGACUUUUUUGGCGCUGUUUUGUGAACUUUUUAUUUAUUUUUUGUGCCUGUGAGUGAACACUAAAAAGCCGCCAGAAUGUAUAACAUGAUGGAAACCGAGCUCAAGACCCCGCUCCCGCAGUCCAACUCGGGCUCAGCGCAGGGCGCUAAAAACAACAGUGCCAACGACCAGGAGCGGGUGAAGCGGCCGAUGAACGCCUUCAUGGUCUGGUCCCGGGGACAGCGGAGGAAGAUGGCUCAAGAGAAUCCCAAAAUGCACAACUCUGAAAUCAGCAAGAGGCUUGGUGCCGACUGGAAACUCCUGACCGACGCUGAGAAGAGGCCAUUCAUCGACGAGGCCAAGCGUCUGCGCGCCAUGCACAUGAAGGAGCAUCCGGAUUAUAAAUACCGUCCCCGCAGGAAGACCAAGACCUUGCUCAAGAAAGACAAGUAUUCUUUGCCCGGGGGACUGUUGGCGCCAGGAGCCAACGCCGUCAACAACUCCGUGUCGGUGGGGCAGCGGAUGGACGGUUACGCGCACAUGAACGGGUGGACGAACAGCGCGUACUCCCUCAUGCAGGACCAGUUGGCCUACCCUCAGCAUCACAGCAUGAACAGCCCCCAGAUUCAGCAGAUGCACCGGUACGAGAUGGCGGGGCUUCAGUACCCGAUGAUGUCCUCGGCGCAGACCUACAUGAACGCGGCGUCCACAUACAGCAUGUCUCCGGCGUACACGCAGCAGACCAGCAGCGCCAUGGGACUGAGCUCCAUGGCGUCCGUGUGCAAGACCGAGCCGAGCUCACCGCCGCCGGCCAUCACGUCCCACUCUCAGCGGGCGUGUUUGGGGGACCUGAGGGAUAUGAUAAGCAUGUACCUGCCUCCCGGCGGAGAAAGCGCGGAGCAUUCCUCCCUGCAGAGCAGCCGGUUACACAGCGUCCAUCCGCACUAUCAGACCGCUGGGACUGGCGUCAAUGGGACGCUACCUCUCACCCACAUCUGAGAGCGACAGAAAGAAAAGACUUUAAAACAAAAUAAAAAAAUAAAGUACUUCGGAUACUUGAACUUUUUGGUUGCUAAAGAAACAACGUUCAACAGUUUUGUUCAAAAAGAAUUUUGUCUCUUGAGUUGUCCAUUUUUAAAUGCUUUUGAAAUGGACCGAAACUGAGCGUUGAGCCCACCAGAGUAAAUUGCGUUGCAAAGAGGCUUUUUAUCACAAGUAUAAGCAAUCAACCUAUGUAGAAGAAUUGGACUUCUAUAUUUUAAUUAAUGCCACAUUUUCUCUCUAUGAAAAGGCAUGUGGCCUCAUUAAGAGAGGCUGGUGUAUUUCGGAGAAGCUGGAUGGAAAGUUGGUUCAUAAAUGUUUACACUUAAUUUGUAGAAUGUCAGUUGUCUCCACUGUGUCCAAAUUUUGUAGUCUCUUUUUGUUUUCUCCCCCCUCUUGACCUAUAGGUUCAAAUGAAAUUGUUAAGACUGUGCGGGUCGCAAACGCAAGUUUUAUUUAUAGUAAGGUUUUUUUUUCUUUUUAGCUUGUGAACCCGAUAUUUUGUCAUGUGAAAAAUGUUAAAAUUUUGUUUUUGUAAAAUGUUAUUUUCUGUGAUGGUUUUGACAGUGUCAUGUUUACUCAUUAUCAUGAACGAAAAUGUUUAUUUAAACUGACGUUUCUACAUAUUUUAAGACCAUCCUCUAUUCUUAAAUGCUGAAUAAAUUUGUAUGAAACAUGAUUCGUGACUCUGUCUUUUGUGUGUAAUAUGAGGUUUGAAAAUGAACUGAUUAUUUUAGAGGUGUAAGGAUCUUCAAACAGGCUGACAAUCUGUUGUUUUCACUGAUAAUUUUGUAAAGAUCAAGCAAUUAGAACUUAUAACAUGUUUGCUCCAAACAAAUAUUGUAUCAAGAAAAGUACAGGUACAGAGAUGUUUAUCUUCAUAAAGGAGAUACUAUACAUUUAAUUUGCUAUUCCAGUUCCUUUACAAGCUUUUAAGAAUUGUAAAAUAAUUUGUGUGGGGUUUAACAUCCAUUUAAAAUGAAUAUUACAUAAUUCUUCGGCCCAUUUUUUACCUUUAACAAGUUUAAAUAUUUUGGAAUUGACAUCAGUAGAAAAUUAGGGCAGUCUUCAUCUUUUUUUUCCUCAUUUUGAAUUUUAUGGUUGAGAAAAAUAAGCUGUAUUCCUCUUUGCCUUGUUCUAUUUUACCUUUGCCAAGUUUACCAAGUUCACUCACUUAUUUCAGUGUUUGGUGACCAUUUCAUUCUACAUGGUUUCAUCACGUUGUUGCCCCUCAGUUUAAACGUGUUUCAUAUUUUAUCACAAGAAUUCAGUCUCAACAUUUCUACCUUUUAAAUAACACACCUUUAAUAAUCAAGAUAAAUAACACAAAAGAGAGAUGAUCAUGUGACAUUUAAAAGUGGUUUUAACGUCACCAUUAAAAAAUAUAUACUGAUCUAUUAAUGUAUAGAUAUUCCCAUCAUAAUAUGCACAUCUGUACUUGUUUUGAAAAGUUGUGUGAAUUGACUUUGUAUGUCGGUGCUGGUGCGCCAAAGUAUAUAUCAUUUGUGACUUUCUGUUUGGCAUAGAAAACAACACAAUAAAUAAAUGACUUCAACUUAA